AUGACUACCCAGGAAGACAUCCGCGUCGAAGUCAUCACGAAUCCAGAUGACUUUGAAGGCUGUUUCAGAGCCCAAGCCAACGCCUUUGGCCGUCAAACUAACGAUGCAAUCUGGAUCGCCUUCAACCCGAGCUGGGAUACACCCGAAGGCGCAAAAGCUGGCGUUCAACGUCUAGUUAGCCGUUUCAACUCCGUUUCUCAAAACCGCGACGGAAAACCCAACACCGUUUUUAUUAAAGCUACCGUCAACGGCACCAUCGCCGGAAUGGCGAUCUGGCAUCAAGCUUCUGUUGUGGAAGGCUGGGGCGAUGCACCAGGUGAUAUCACAAAGGGCACUUUUCUUGAGGAUCUGUACCCUGGGAAUAAAACUGAGCAGAAGUUCCUUGCACAGGCGGAUAAAUCGCUCUUUAAGCGUCGAGGGGAGAUUAUUAGGGAGAAAGCUACAGCUUCGCCACCGGCCGUCUUUGUUAUGGAUAUUUGCGCUGUUGAUCCCAAGUUUCAGAGAAGAGGUCUUGCGAGGAAGUUGGUCCAGUGGGGUUUGGAUGAGGCUGUGAGGAGAGGAAAUCUUGAGUGUGUUACUGAGGGAUCUAGUAUGGGACGUUUGGUGUAUAUGCAGCAGGGUUUUAAAGCAGAUGGUGAGGAAACGGUUUAUGAGAUGGAUGAGGAGUUUAAGGAUAGGGAGAUGCCUUCGAACCUUGUUCUAAGGACUGGAGGUCAAUAG